AUAUUUCUUAUGACAAAUUGCUGCGAAGGAGUUGAAGGCGUUGGUCUUACGCCUCUUCAUUUAAAACUCAAUCGCGCUUUAUUAUUCUGUCAUUUCUAAUAUAAAAAAAUUAGAAACAAUAGUUGUAAUAAAAAAGUGUUUUAUAUAAAAACUUAAUUUCCUUAUUUUAUAUUCUCUGAAUCUUCGUUUCUUCCGGCUGCCAGAUGACCAUUUAUAGAUAAUUUUUUUUUAUCGCACGGUAUCCUGUCGACGAUUAAAACUUCCUGUUUUACAAAUAUAUUGUGUAGAUAUAAAUUUUAUUAUUUAUUAUUUAACUACAAUUUAAUAAUCAAAAACAGUUUGAGUAGAUGAUAUGUUCUGUGUUGCUGGUGAUAAAUUAAAUGACUCGUCGAUAGACAAAGAUGUGCUCAGACGUUUACAGAGCGAGAAAAUAUCAGGACAGUUGACGCUGAUGGACAUCAGAGAGUGAUGAUACAUUUGUGGAUUAUUUAAUUGAUAAGUCGCUGACGUCAAUUCACAACUAUGGCUAUCGAUGCUGAGCUUGUUGGUAUUUUAAACGAUCUUGUUAAGUUCUUGGAACUUUUGUCCAAAGAAAUAAACCUGCCGGAUACGCUAGAGAAUGACAGGAGUAAUCUUUUACGUCGUUCAAAAACAAGCUUGGCAUCAGCAGGUCAACGAUCUUCCUCGCCGGAGCCUUACCUUGACAUGAAUGCCGGGAAAGGUAAAGGUCUCUCAGUGGUCAAGUCUGGAGAAGUCAAUACUAUCAAUGACAAUAAUAAUCAUCAGCAGCAGCUCACUGAGUACAUCGAUACGGAUAAUCCUCGGGUAUCCCGACACUCGGCUCAGGAUUACUACGAGACCUUUCAAGAGUUUACUAGUAAAUCAUCGGCGAAUGAUGAGCAGGAUAAAUUGAAAAUAAUUUACCGGAGUUUUUCGACUGAGCAGACGCGUAGUAAAUCCCACAAAUGUGGUCCGCUGUUUCAGAAAGAAGAGCGUCGGUUAUUUGGCUUUCAACUUUUUGAUCAAUUCCGCGAGCUUUGGGUUGGUCUCGUGGGAACUCAUUUGUUGCUCUAUGCUACUAAGAAUGAUAAACAGCCGAGUGACGUAAUUUCAAUACGCGGAUACUCAGCGCGCCCGGCAACAGAUUACGCGCCUCGAGAUUCUGAACGCAGUAAAUCUGCAUUUGAAAUAUUUUGUCCUGGUGACAAAACUUAUCAGUUUAUUGCCAGGACACCCAAAGAAAUGGAGCAGUGGAUCGCGAUUAUUUGCCGGACGGGAGUCAAAAAAGAAGCGGAGGCUGAGACAAAUGGCGUUGACUUGCAGCCAAAGAUUGAGGAAGAGUAUCAAGAUGUUGGUGCCGAAGCCAAAGAAAACGAAGCCAUUGAAGAGGUUGAGUUGAGGAAAAAAGAAACAAUAGCUGGGGUCAAUGGUGACGUAAAUCCUCCGCCAUUACCAGCACGAAUACCUCGCAGACUUCCGUCACUUCCUCAUGAAGACAAGUCUGUUGAUUUUACUGACGAGGCUUACUAUGAAGAUGACAUUUAUCAGAUGGUUGAAGAGCUGAAGCAGCCCACGACCUACCAGAAUGUUACUAAAGUUAAAAUUCAUAAAGAUAAAGGCAAAGUAUCUCCAGCGCUGGAUACUUACGACGACAUCGCGGGUAAAAAAGAACGAAAGACUAAGCGCAAAAGUAAAAGCUACAAAGAUAAUUAUGAUGAUAUGCAGGCUGAUGAAAUUAAAAGUCAAGUUCAAGAUGAAAGAACUAGUGUAAUGUACGAUGAUAUUGAAGCAGUUGAUUGCAAAAAUACCAAAGAAUCUUCGAAGAAAAAAUCAUUUUUAAAUCGCGUGAGAUACAAAAAAGAUUCGAAGAAAAAAAAAAUAAAAAAUUUACCAAAGGAAGUUAAAUUGAGUGUUAAAGACAUAAAACCUGAUAGUCAAGACACUAAACCUGAUAUUCAAGAUGCGAAACCUGAUAUUCGAGUUGAUGAAAAAAAUAAUCGAUCGGUUGAAUUACCGACCUACGAUGAUGUAUCAGAUCUGAUGAUUCAAAUAAACAAAAAUACGAUUGAAUUAGAUAAUAUGGCUGAAUAUAAUUGUCCACCAGCACCGAGGCCUAUUUAUUCAAAACCUCCGACGAUUCCCAAUCCAGUUAAAUUUAAUGAAGAGCCAGAGGAAUUUUAUGAUGACAUUGGCUCGUGGAGAAAUACCAUGGAAGAAAAAUUACAAAAUAAUAAUGAAAUUGUUGAAACAGAGGUUACUGUUGAGUCAUCGCUGUGCAUUAACGAUGAACAGUCAAGAGUUAAGAAUUUAUCGCAGAGCGAGCUGUGGUCAAAGACAAAUGGCGUGGACAAUGAGUUGGAGCAUUACCAAGUGCCACGGUCACAGGACCCAAUUGACUCGGGUCAAUUAGACGUGACGGGAACCACCAACGGCUCUGUUAGCACCAGCGUCGUUCAAGAAGAACUUUACGAUGACAUUGCAAUACUAGCUGACUUCCGCGCGAGAUCACGUGACUCUGGAUGCUCAAGUUCCUCAUCUGAUAAGACUGUUAAUAAUGUUACUAAAGCCUGGAAUCGUUUUGCCAGCGGGAGGAAGUCCAAAGUAAUCAAUGAACUGACAAUUGCUGAAAAAAAUAACAGGCGUUCAAGCAGCCAAGAGUUUAUUGACGCCUGUCUAGACAACCACGAAGACGAAGGCUUUAAACUGAAUAAGUUUCAAAAGUUAAUUAAUAAAAUGGAGUCAUCGCUAAAUAUAACAGCGAAACCUAUUUCUUCUAUUAUAAGUAAAUCUCAUGAUCAUGACGACAAUUAAUUUUAAAAAAUAAUUAUUUUUAAUUAAUAUAUUGUGUAUAUUUUGUAAUAAUUUUUAAUAUAUGGUUU